GUGUGAACUGGUGUGCUGCACUGCUGCCAUUACGGAGGGCAUAGAGGGGAAAUACGGAGCAGCCAACGCGAAACGCUGCACAUGCUAGCGUUUUCAUUUUCAGAUGUUUGGGUUCAACAAGCUAAAGCAAUCAGCCAUUUACCAAACAAACAAUUGAGCUAUUUGGAUGGUCAAACUCAUUAAUUGUAGUCAAACAAGCCAAAACUUAGCUGAUAAGCCAUUCUCCAAACACACCCAGAAACAAAAGCAUCUUUUAAUCUUUCAGUUUUGACAAACAUAUCUUGAAAAUUUCAAGCCAUUAUACGCCGGUAGAAUAUACUCCAUACUUCAGAAUCUUUGUCAAUACACUGAUUCACAUAUCAAAUGCACGGUGCAGAUUAGUCGCCAAUUUUCUGGCGGGCCCAAGUUCGAGUGACCUUUCUUGUUGGGGGGAAGGAAGUUCCAGAAGCCAGAGAAAAUGGAAACUUUCUUAAUUUCUUCUUCAUCAUCAUCAGUGCUUCAUUCUCCAGCCCGAGAGACUCCAUUGAUUUUUCCUCUUUUGAGCAAAGGCAAAGCAAGGUUUGCACCUAUUACUGUCAGGGUCUCAAGUCAAUCUUCCAAAUCCAACAAGAUGCAUUCUGAAUUGACUGAGAGUGAAGCGGGGAAAUCCCUUUCAAGCAAAGAUAGUUCUUCCAAUAGGAAAAUGGAGGAAUAUAACAUAGCCAUGAAGAGGAUGAUGAGGAAUCCCUAUGAGUAUCACCAUGAUCUAGGUAUGAACUAUACAUUGAUAACUGAAAAUCUCAUUGUUGGUUCUCAACCUCAGAAAGUUGAAGACAUAGACCACUUGAGGGAGGAACAGAAUGUGGCAUAUAUCCUAAACUUGCAGCAGGACAGGGAUAUUGAGUACUGGGGAGUAGAUCUUCCCUCCAUAGUACAAAGAUGUGAAGAACUUGGAAUUCGUCACAUGAGAUGCCCAGCCAAAGAUUUUGAUCCAGAUUCCUUAAGGAACAUAUUGCCUAAGGCUGUUUCGUUAUUGGAAUGCGCCAUUUCUGAAGAGACAGGAAGAGUUUAUGUGCAUUGCACAGCUGGAUUGGGGCGGGCUCCUGCUGUUGCAAUUGCAUACAUGUUCUGGUUUUGUGACAUGGAUCUAAAUAGAGCAUACCAGACUCUCACUUCAAAGAGGCCAUGUGGGCCUAACAAAAGAGCGAUACGUGGGGCCACAUAUGAUUUGGCUAAAAAGGACUCUUGGAAAGAACCCUUUGAGAAUCUUCCUGACCACGCCUUUGAGGGUGUAGCAGACUGGGAAAGGACGUUGAUUCAAGACUGUGUUCGUGCUCUCCGAUAUUCUUGAGGAAAAUAUAUACUAUCGUAUUUAAAUGUGAUUGUUCAGCUUAUAGCUCAUUUACUUAGAAUGUCAUUUUGUACAUGGGCACUUUCAAAGUAAUUGAUGUUUCAUCCUCUUAAAAUUGUACUGGAUUUUGUAUCUAUGUUUCUUUCGAUUUAUUGCUACUUUGAUAUUGAAUCAUUGUUAAUUUGUUAUUGUGUACCCUUCAGUUUCUUC